AUAUAUAGUGUAUAAUUAGAGAUUUAAUUUAUAUUUUCUUUUCCUAUGGUUUAUGCUAGAAUUGAAAAGAAUGAUCAUUUAUGUGGGGAAAAAGUUGUUAGAAAACUAUGUCUUUGAAAUAAAAAUCUUUAAUCUUGAUGAUUACAGUAAUAUUUUUACAAACUAUUUGGAUGAGUAUUUUUAAUGUUUAUCCAUCCAUCUAUCCAUACAACCCCCACAUUGGAUACUAUCUAGGGUUUUACUUGUUACCAUAUUGGCAUCUUUAUUGGAAGGUGGUGGUUCUGUAGGAAUGGAAUCUGGAAUAUAGGUAAUGAUUUUAGACAGGGAAUUCCUAAUUUACAAAUAAUUUAUACAUUUAACCCCCUGUCCCUGAACUCCUCUUCCAUUUGCUGCUAUUUGGAAUAUAGACUUAAGAGUUUUUAAAGAACCUGUUAAGUUCACAAGUAAGAGAAAAAUAAAAGCAGAAAUAUUUUGGGGCAAUAAAUACAGACUCAAAUCUAAAUCAUGACCCACUUCCCUAAAAAUGUUUUUCUUCACACUGCCUCAGUAGUUUUUUACUUUAUAUUGCAACAUGUAGAAUUCUACCAGUUAAGGGUUCAUUUGGGCUAACUAGCAUCCUUGUUGAAAAUUGCAAAUUUAGUUAAAGUGAAUUAUUGUAGUCCAGUUGAUUUCUUCCUAUCACAUACCUGAAAUGAACCACACUGAGGCAAUCGAAGUGUUAGAUGGCAAUUUAGGAAUGUAUUUAGGGGAAAGGAUUAUUAUUAAGCAGGAUGAUUGGGAUGCCAUAAUGUAGAAUUUAGGAAAUUGCAGGCAGUAGGACUUGAGAGAGUGCUAACAGAGGAAACAACCAAUUUUAGAAUUUGUCCAGGUAAAGAGGAUCUGGAAUUGGUUAGCUUUAUAUGUUUGUUCUGCCGGGUCUCUAAUGCCCAUGACCAGUAGUAUCUUGGGGAUUAAUAGGUUUCUUUUGGCUAGCCUGGGAACUGGACCAACAUAAGCAACAUUGUAUCACUUUAUAAAAUACAUUUUUAGACUGAACUCAUUUGUAAGUUAGGUUUUGGCCUGUGCUUGUCUUUGUCUCUUGUGCUGUUAUCAUGUGCUCUCAGUUGAUAACAACAGUGAGGUUGCUUUUGCUUUCCUGUCAGUCAUUAUGGAAUUUGCCAGUCAAUCAUGACAUUGUCAAUGGAAGCAGUAAGUGGGAAGGACAGUAAAAGAUUUAGAAUAAAGUAAGAGAAGCCAUUCAGAAAGCAAAAGGGCUUGUGGGCUUAGGGGGUAGUUGUGAGCAGUGUCUCAGACUUCAUUUACAGCAGCAUUGGUAGAUUGACGUGCUAUCUUUCCUAUAAAGUAAUUUUUAUUAUCUGUGAUCACCUCUGAUAGUAAGCCACGAUGGAACGUGAACUCACAUUCAUAUUGAUUUGUGAAUUGAUGGAGAUUACAAAAUGUAGACCCCCUGAUAAAUUAUGUAGGAUGUAAUAUUGACUUUUAUUUCAUAUCUAGAAAUGUGUGAAGUUUUCAUUGGUAGUAGGUAGAUUUUAAAAUAUUUUUCUCCCUGACAAUUGAAUACUUUGUAUUUUAUAUCUGAUACAUUUUCAUUAAUAAAAAUUAUUUUCAAGUGAGCUUAAAUAAAUGUUCGUAAUGAGUCUGAAUCAGCUUUAUCUGCUUGGGGUCGUAGUUACAGUAGAUGCUCCUCAGUCGGGUGAUUGUCUCGCAUCCUUAUCUCUCAUCAUCAUCUGUUUUUCUCCACACAGUGUUAUAGUUUUGCUGCUGGACUCUUCCCUCCCUUCCCCCACCCCAUCAGGAUGAUAUGAGACUUGAAAGAAGACGAUGCAUACAGAUUGUUCCAGUGCUCUCCCUUAACUGUCCCACAGAUGACUGGGAGGAAGUGAAUGGAAACCUCAUCUUCUGACUGAAUAUAGGAAGUGGCAUUCGUUGAAGGAGGAGAGACUUCAGCAUGCAAACCUUCAUCCGUUCGGCUUGCACCGUCGUUUUCAUUCCAUGCUGCUGGCCUUCAGAUGGCUGGACAGAUGCCCCAUUCACAUCAGUACAGUGACCGUCGCCAGCCAAACAUAAGUGACCAACAGGUUUCUGCCUUAUCUUAUUCUGACCAGAUUCAGCAACCUCUAACUAACCAGGUGAUGCCUGAUAUUGUCAUGUUACAGAGGCGGAUGCCCCAAACCUUCCGUGAUCCAGCAACUGCUCCGCUGAGAAAACUCUCUGUUGACUUGAUCAAAACAUAUAAACAUAUUAAUGAGGUUUACUAUGCAAAAAAGAAGCGAAGGCACCAACAGGGCCAGGGAGACGAUUCUAGUCAUAAGAAAGAGCGGAAGGUUUACAAUGAUGGUUAUGAUGAUGACAACUAUGACUAUAUUGUAAAAAACGGAGAAAAGUGGAUGGACCGUUACGAAAUUGAUUCCUUGAUAGGCAAAGGUUCCUUUGGACAGGUUGUAAAGGCGUACGAUCGUGUGGAGCAAGAGUGGGUCGCCAUUAAAAUCAUAAAGAACAAGAAGGCUUUUCUGAAUCAGGCACAGAUAGAAGUGCGGCUUCUUGAGCUCAUGAACAAACAUGACACUGAAAUGAAAUACUACAUAGUGCAUUUGAAACGCCACUUUAUGUUUCGAAACCAUCUCUGUUUAGUUUUUGAAAUGCUGUCCUACAACCUCUAUGACUUAUUGAGGAACACCAAUUUUCGAGGUGUCUCUUUGAACCUAACACGAAAGUUUGCACAACAGAUGUGCACAGCACUGCUUUUCCUUGCGACUCCAGAACUUAGUAUCAUUCACUGUGACCUAAAACCUGAGAAUAUCCUUCUUUGUAACCCCAAACGCAGUGCAAUCAAGAUUGUUGACUUUGGUAGUUCUUGUCAAUUGGGACAGCGGAUAUACCAGUAUAUUCAGAGUCGCUUUUACCGGUCUCCAGAGGUGCUACUGGGAAUGCCUUAUGACCUUGCUAUUGACAUGUGGUCCCUUGGGUGUAUUUUGGUUGAAAUGCACACUGGAGAACCUCUGUUCAGUGGAGCCAAUGAGGUAGAUCAGAUGAAUAAAAUAGUGGAAGUUCUGGGUAUCCCACCUGCUCAUAUUCUUGACCAAGCACCAAAAGCAAGGAAGUUCUUUGAGAAGUUGCCAGAUGGCACUUGGAACUUAAAGAAGACCAAAGAUGGAAAACGGGAGUAUAAACCACCAGCAACCCGUAAGCUUCAUAAUAUUCUUGGAGUAGAAACAGGAGGGCCUGGUGGGCGUCGUGCUGGGGAAUCGGGUCACACGGUAGCUGACUACUUGAAGUUCAAAGACCUCAUUUUAAGGAUGCUUGAUUAUGACCCCAAAACUCGAAUUCAACCAUACUAUGCCCUGCAGCACAGUUUUUUCAAGAAAACAGCCGAUGAAGGCACAAACACGAGUAACAGUGUGUCCACGAGCCCUGCGAUGGAGCAGUCCCAGUCUUCGGGCACCACCUCCAGUACUUCGUCCAGCUCAGGUGGGUCAUCGGGGACAAGCAACAGUGGGAGAGCCAGGUCAGACCCAACGCACCAGCAUCGGCACAGCGGUGGGCACUUCUCAGCUGCCGUCCAGGCCAUGGACUGUGAGACACACAGUCCCCAGGUGCGUCAGCAAUUUCCUGCUCCCCUUGGUUGGUCAGGCACUGAAGCUCCUACACAAGUCACCGUCGAAACUCAUCCUGUUCAAGAAACAACCUUUCAUGUAGCCCCUCAACAGAAUGCAUUGCAUCAUCACCAUGGAAACAGUUCCCAUCACCACCACCACCACCACCACCACCACCACCACCACGGACAACAAGCCUUGGGUAACCGGACCAGGCCAAGGGUCUACAAUUCUCCAACGAAUAGCUCCUCUACCCAGGAUUCUAUGGAGGUUGGCCACAGUCACCACUCCAUGACCUCCCUGUCUUCCUCAACUACUUCCUCCUCUACUUCCUCCUCCUCUACCGGGCAGGGCAACCAGGCCUACCAGAGCCGCCCGGUGGCCGCCAACGCCUUGGACUUCGGACAGAACGGAGCUAUGGACGUUAAUUUAACCGUCUACUCCAAUCCCCGCCAAGAGACGGGCAUAGCUGGACAUCCAACAUACCAGUUUUCUGCUAACACAGGUCCUGCACAUUACAUGACUGAGGGACCUCUGACAAUGAGGCAAGGGGCUGACAGAGAAGAGUCCCCCAUGACAGGAGUUUGUGUGCAGCAGAGUCCUGUAGCUAGCUCGUGACUAAAUUGAAACUUGAGUUUGUUUCUUGUGUGUUUUUAUAGAAGUGGUGUUUUUCCCAAAAAAACAAAGUGCAAAGCUGCUUGAAUCAGAAGGAGAUUAACACACUGAACCGCUACAAGAGGGCAAAGCUGACUUUUUUUUUUUUUUUUAACUUGAAAAGAUCGCAAAGGGACAAUGAAGUUUUUUAAAAGAGCCAUGUCCAAACCCAUCGUCAUGGAUAGCUCAGAGGUGUUCUCUUUGCCUCCCCCGUUUUAACUUGCCACAUCCCAGUCACAGUGGGGUUUUUGUCUUUCUAUUCCACAAAAGUUAAUGUUCCAAUGUUGGUCUUGGUCAUUUGCCAACUAAUUUUAAAAUAAAAAGGCACUGCACCUGAUUUGCAUAAAGGGCCCCAUGAGGGUGUUCCCCCCCUCCUUUUUUUUUUCUUUUCCUGUUUUGUUUUUGUUCUGUUUUGGGUGGGGGUGGGGUGGGAAAUUUGGGUUUUUAAGUCCUCUAAACACACUUGGGCACGGAAAUGCAGUACUGUAAGGAAGAGGGACCUCCAGCUCACACAAACAUCACCUUCAGCUGUAUGGAAGGGACGGUUGUAUUGGAGUUUGUAAGGCACAGUAAGCAUGCUAAGUGGCGGGGAUCAGAACUCUCCUGUCUGAACCUACUGAGGAGCAAAGCAGCAAAUUACAUGGGAUCCUGUGGGUCUCCCGUUGGAGAGGCCACAGUAAGAUAGUAAUGGAACGUGACUGGUCUCCCAACCAAGGUGCACUGAGAAGCAAUCAACGGGUCAGUCUCGGCCAGUCCUGGGGAGGUCUGAGUGGUGGUCUUUGGGAUAACCUUUGGCCUUAUGGAUUUGGACUCGAAAUUAGAAGAGCCUACCAUUUCAGAUGCAAUCACUUUGGACAUGCUUUUGCAGACAGUCCUUAAUGCUGAAAACACAGAGAAUGGGUAAUUCAAGAGGCCUUUCUUUUAAAAUAGACUUUUGUGACCCACUAAUUGUAAGGUAUUGCAAGGUCACUUUGCGUGUGUCAUAAAGGUGACUUCCUUAUUGGGUGAAGGUCACAGAGGUAGUGUUUGCUUUGAUGGAAAUAGCUACAGCUGUGUCCCUUCCUGCUUUUUACUUUUCCCUUUGCUUUUUCUCGGCACGUGGUAUCUCCACCAUUUCUUCUGCACAAAGAUGUCUUCUGUUCAUCCUGAACAUUUUUAAAAAAAUGCAGAAUUUUAUGUGACUGCUUUUUUGCCUCACAAUUAUGCUGUGAAUUUUACAAAAAUUUAUUUUCUUUUUUGAUAAUUUAUUGUACCAAAGCUGUUUUUAUAGCACAUAGAUGUCUGUAACCAAUAAUGUAGCAGUUCUGCACUUUGACACAAGGUGUAACUAGACCAUUUUUAAAUGUCAGUUGAAAAUUAUGGCUGUACUAUUGCUUAAACAAAACUGGAACUGUUGAAUCCAUAGCCAAUACAUUUACAGCAAUCUGUGUACUGAACAUAAUAAUUGACAUCUAAUUCAAGACUACAACACCUGUUACAUUCUAAAUGUGUUCAGGCUUCUGAAGGUAAAGGGACACUGGAUCCAGAAGCUAUGGAACCAGCAGUUGAUUCUUGUAUUCCUGAUUAACCUACUUGUAAACUUGAAAGCAAGAACUUGGUUGCACCAACAGGUCCAAAAUCAGAGCAUGAGUAAAGCAAAGGUCUUAUGCAUGACCUGGAGCGAGCAGGCUGGUGUUGACAGGUGCCUAGUUUCGAGAUUAUGCUGCCUUAAUGUAACACAGUCUGGCAGUUGCUAAAUUUGUGUUCCCAUUUUAAAUUGACCACUUUUUGAGUGUUAGACCUUUGAGCGGUUGAAUUGGGAGAGUGCAGAUGAGUAAUUUACCUGUCCAGGAUCAAAAGAAGCCUAGAAAAGAAGCAGUAAUCUACCUCUGCCGAUAACCCUGUUCAAAACAACUCAGCAGAACACACAUUACUUCUUAUUGGUCAAUUCCAUGUGGCUGACUAGGUCAAUUUUUUUCUGAACAAAAGCAGGUUUUUAUAUGUAAACAGUGAUAAAAGAAAGGCUGAAAACUAUGUGAAUGUGAAUGGAAACUUGGAACUAAUCCGUUUUUAUACACCACAAAAUUUUUUUGUUGUUAAUCAGGAAAUCCAUAUUUAUUUUGUAAUUAAAUGUCAAGCCUGUGGAUGAUUUUUGAACUUGGUAGUUCAUAAAGGUUUACAGUAAAUAAAAGGAUAUCAUCUUGAGUAUAGCAAUAUCAAAAGGAACUCAGUAGUUACUGCUGUUUAGGAGUAUAAGGUAAUGAUGGGUCAGGUCAUUUUUUUCUGUGCUGGUUGCCACAUCUUAAAAAGCACCAAAAAACGAAAGCAGUUUUUAAACCGCUAUUUACAUAAAGGAAGUCAUACAAUCCAAUGCUUCUGCACACUGUGUUAUGUUACAGUCCAGUUUUGUGUGCUUUCCUACACGGUUUGGUUACAGGACUUCUGUGCAUUGUAAACAUAAACAGCAUGGAAAAGGUUAAAUACCUGUGUGCAGAUUGUAAGAUCUGGUCCGGACUUGCUGUGUAUAUUGUAACGUUAAAUGAAAAAGAACCCCCCUUUGUAUUAUAGUCAUGCGGUCUUAUGUAUGAUAAACAGUUGAAUAAUUUGU